UUCGCCACGCAACACAUGUUGAUGAUAAAAAACAAAAAAACCGGUUUGAGGCACUACCCCGUUGGCUUUACACACACGGACCAAACAGCAGGCUUGGAGAAAGUGGCAGGCCAGUCGACGGUCAGGCAGCGGCGCGGCGUGAUGGGGUGCCUUGGUGUGUUGUGGCUGUACCUUGCGGCUCAGGUGCUCGCAGUCCACACAGAGGCCGCGGACAUUAUAUUCCCCGGCCAGCUGGACCACGUCGAGGGUGACACUUGCCGCACAAACACGGGCGGCUCAGGCAGGUGUUCCCAGGCCUGCCAACACUCGCCUGGCCUCGGUGACCCACCCAAGUGCGGCAUAAAGGACUCCAAGUUUCUCGUCUGCUGUGAACCAAACUUACGUGGUGGGCCGCAGCCUUCCACAGACAUCGCCCCGCCCAGCGUCCCAUUCGAAUGUGGAAUAAACGCAUUAGAGAAUGCUUUCAUCUUCCCGGGUAUGCCAGGAACAGGGGAUGUGCUCAUACUGCGCCCAGAAGCAGUUCCUGAUCCUACUUUACCCAAGGUUCAAGAAACGACAAUCGCUCGCCCCAACAUUACUGGCGUGUCAAAAAUAAGUAACAGGGAUUUAAUGGCUCAACCACCGCCCCCAGUGAGGAUACCGCCACCAGCAGUAGGCGGUAGGCCGGUCCUCCGACAUGCCUGGCCCUGGAUGGCCUUGAUUGGGCAGAGGGACGCCCACGGAAUCGGGUGGUUCUGCGGCGGGGUGUUGAUAAACGACCGAUGGGUCCUCACAGCUCUUCACUGCUUCUUUAACAACAAUGCUGAUGUGGUGCGUCUUGGUGAGCAUGACUACAACGAUGAUUAUGACGAUGCGAAUCACAAAGACUUUUCUGUGGCCGAAACGGUGCUCUACCCAGACCACAACCGCCCCGAGGCCUACCAUGACCUUGCACUCCUCAGACUGGCAUCCAGGGUCGCCCUGAAGGAUCACAUCAGUCCUGUCUGCCUGCCCUGGGGGAAGGAGAGCGACAAAGAUCUCCUGAACCACCGGGCGACGCUUACAGGCUGGGGCGACACACAGUUUGGUGGGAAGCCUAGCUCUGUCCUCCAGGAGGUGGAGGUGACGGUGUUCUCGCCGGGGCAGUGUGACCGAAGCUACUCCAACCUGCCACGCUACCCAUCAACCUGGCCUCGUGGCAUCGGGCAAGAGACCCUGUGUGCCGGAGAUCUCGCUGGAGGCCGGGACGCUUGCCAGGGUGACUCUGGCGGGCCUCUGGUGACGGAGGAUGCUCGUGGACACUAUGUGUUGGCGGGCAUUAUAUCACGGGGCUACGGCUGUGGCCACAAAGACUACCCUGGCCUGUACGCCAACCUGCGCCACCCGCCCUACCUCGCCUGGAUCAAGAAGGUCGCGUUUGCCACGCCAUGAACCUUAUAUGUUUCGUGGGUGUUUGUUACUGCCUCGUGUACACUAAAACAGCAAUCACUAUAAAUAAAUAGAUAAAAUGAAGAA